AUGUCCACCAACGUAGCACUCGACGUAAGUGUUUCAACACUGAAAGAACAAGUCGUUGUGUCCGGCUGGAAAGUUUUCACACCUUUCCUUCGCGAGUGGGACGCCCCCGGGUGCGUGUCGCCUGGCAGAGCCCCCCACCGCGCCGCCCGCGGCCGCUAUAAGCCGGCGGCGGGCUGGCGGGCGCGCAGUACCGCCGCCGCCGCAACUCGCCGCUCCUCCGCCUCCGCCUCCGCCACCUCUUCGCCCCGUGCUGUCCGCCGAGAGCCCGCCUGCCCGCCUGCCCGCCUGCCUGCCUGCUUGCUCGUCGCCAUGGCUGCGGUGCUGCACGCCGCCGACUGGGUGGCCGUGGCGUGGGACGCGGCGCUGUGCCUGGCGCUGCUGGCGGCCGUCGCCUGGCUGUCCACGUGGGCGCGCCUCGUCUGGAUCGCCGCCCGCCUGCCGGGGCCGCCCGCGCUGCCCUUCCUGGGCAACGCGCUGCUCCUCACCCAGCACGAAGUGCUUCAAGAUCUGGGAAAGACGGCGUACCGCAUGUGGGGAUCCAUAUUCCGCAUCUGGGCGCCGUUCUUCAUGCCGAUCUUCGUCAUCAUCGAACCGCAACACGUUGAGGCGGUGCUGAAAAGCCAGCGUCACACGGAGAAGAUCUCCUACUACCGGCUGUUGCACAACUUCAUCGGGGACGGACUCAUCACGAGCAGCGGCAAGAAGUGGCGGAACCACAGGCUGCUGCUGCAGCCCGCCUUCCACAUGAGCGUGCUGGAGAACUUUGUGGAGACGUUCUCGUCCUCGGCGCAGGCGCUCGUCUCCAGACUGGCCUCCAAGAUGGGGGACGUCAACGUGGCGCCGGACGUCAACCACUGCGUCAUAGACAUCCUCAACGAGGCGGUGAUGGGAAUCCCCGUCCCGAAGACGCCACAGCAGGACGCAGCGAGGGAGGCGUCGCCCUUCAGAAAGGGCGAGGUGCUGAUGCCGCAGCGGGUGCUGAAGCCGUGGCUGCUGCUGAGCUUCGUAUACCGCAUGACGGACCUGGCGCAGCGCGAGCUACGGCAGAAGAGGGCGCUCGACGACUUCGCCGCCAAGAUUCUUCAAGAGCGCAAACUGAAACGGUUGAAGGCAACGGAAUCAGCUGUAAAUGGUGAAACGGACAAUGAGAACGGCUCCUGGAAGCAGCGCUGCCUGCUCGACUUGAUGCUGGACAUCGCCAACAAGACGAACGGCGCCUUCACGGACCAGGACAUCGUGUCCGAGCUGUGCACCUUCAUGCUGGCGGGCCAGGACUCGGUAGGCGCGGCGGUGGCGUUCUGCACGUUCCUGCUGGCCAAGAACCCCGAGUGCCAGGAGCGCGCCAUGGAGGAGCUGCGCGCCAUCUUCUACGAGGGCGGCACCGACUGCGGGAGGCCGCCGACGCGCGAGGACCUGUCGCGGAUGAAGUACCUGGACCAGUGCGUGCGUGAGGCGCUCCGCCUCUUCCCCAGCGUGCCGCUCAUCGCUCGCCGCCUCGGCGACGACCUCGUCAUAGGCAAGCACACGCUGCCGGCCGGCACGGACGUGCUGCUGGCGCCGUACGCGAUGCACCGCCUGGAGCACGUCUUCCCCGACCCGGAGGCCUUCGACCCGGACCGCUUCACGGCGGACAACUGCUCGCGCCGCCACCCCUACAGCUACAUCCCGUUCAGCGCGGGCCCGCGCAACUGCAUAGGCUACAAGUUCGCCAUGAUGGAGAUGAAGGUGGUGAUGUCGACGCUGCUGCGCCACUUCCGACUGGAGCCGGCCAAGGGCCGCGAGUCGCUGCGGCUGGCCUACCGCAUCACUAUCCGCGCGCGCGGAGGAAUCUGGGUGCACCUGUCGCCCAGGACGCCGGCCGCCGCCGCCGCCGCCGCCAGCUAGCGGGCGGGCGGGCGAGCGCAGCACCCUCCGCCAGGCACCGCGGGGCUCCCCGCGUUGCGUUGGGGCGCCCUCAGCUCUGCUCUGCCCAGAGCGGAAGCGCGGCGCCCCUCGAACAGCGGGGUGGCCGCUCUCCCGCGGUACGAACCACCGCCUGCCUUCCGUCUGCGACCAGAGUCUGGGGACACACUGCACGGGCGGACCGACUCUCCGGCCCAAGUGAUACGCUUUAAGACUUUAAACCGCGUUAUUCUUCUCACCUUGAUGGUGGACCUCGUGCACUGAGGGCACACAUCUCUCUGCAAAGAACCAAUGUUUACUGAGUUUUAGAUUGUCGCUGUGCACUUUGCAUUUGAGGAUCUGCUGUCCAUGUGGUGAAGUAAUACUACCGUACGACGAGCUACACUUUUCUGUUUACAUGCGUGAAAUGCACUCACAGUCUAGAACCUGAACCACCUCUACCCUCUCAUUAAGACUGCACACUUGAGAGUCUGCAGUCAGCUGCAGAAGUCAGACUGGGGCAAGUCAAGACUCAGCUGCACUCGUGUGCUGACAUUCAGUACGAAAUUUUUCGGAACUGAUAUUUACAGUUCACGUGUAUCAACAACAAGCAUAGCUACAAGAAUUAUUUCUUCAGUGGAUGUGCGCCAUAUGUAUAGGAAUAAACACAUCAUAUCGAAAACCUAAAUAAAAGGUUGUGAUGCAGUACAUUUCGAGUUGCUUAGCGUAGAAAGCUGAUAACUAUUUACGUAAACUACCAACAAACACAGUCACUUAGUAGUCAUCUGUAGACCUAUUUUUUACUCCAGAACAGACGUUUUGCAUAAUCAUAAGCUCAGUAUAGGUCCACUUGCGUGGGAACGUUGUCAUUCUCAGCGUACUUCUGAGAAAUAUGCCCAUCUCUGAUCAUUUCUCAGGCUUAUAAACAUGUUCCUCAAAAGUCACUAGAAUGUCAAAGACAAGUUUCUUGCUGUCUUCGUGAAGCGGGAACAGUUAGCUUCUUUUAAGGAGGAUUUUGAAUGUCACACAUCCUUAGUCCAGAGUAAGUGUCACCAAAUGCUGUAAAAGAACUCUACAGAAGGCAACCUUCGUGUCUUCUGUGUAAACAGAAUCGUUAUACUCCAUGAGCAUACUCAUGGAGGGUACUGUUGCUCAUUUCUUUUAAUUUUUAUACCACAAUGUAUUCCAGCAGUUUUGUUUCAUUAUCAUAAUUUAUGAUAUUAUUGUCAUUCUUUAAAUGUAACAGUCAUUGUUAUGAUAUUAGACUAUUUAUCUAAUGAAGAUUUCUCAUACAUUUAUCGGUUAAUUUAUUAGUCACAUAGGACAAAAUAUUAUAUACCUAUACUGUAUGUGACCUGCUUUGGACAGUAGCGCUUAAGAGUCAUAUUUCAGAGUGUCCUCUCGGCGGAUAACGACAAAUCUGUGUAUUCGAUUCAAAGCGUUGCUGUUCAAAGGUUUACCUCUUUAGCCUCAUUCACUGUAACACUCUAAUAUCCAAAGCCUUACGUAUGAAAAAGUUAUAACUAUGUGAAAAUCUUACAAAUAUGGUCAAAUAUAUUUUAUACCGUA